AUGGCUGAAAACAAGGUGGAACUUCACAGCAUGGAGAAAGCUUUGAUGGAUAAGAUGAAGGGUCAUGCAGUGAGAGAGCCAAACCUAUAUGAGCGAAUCUUUCAGCCGUGUAUAGCUGAGCUGGUGGGGACGACUUUCUUUGUGUUCAUCGGAUGUGUGUCUGUCAUAGAAAAUGUGGAGGCUUUGGGCAGGCUCCAACCUGCAUUGGUACAUGGUCUUGCAGUGGCAGUACUGGUUGCAUGUAUGGCAGAGAUCAGUGGAUCACAUUUCAAUCCACCAUUCACCAUAGCUGUCUACCUCUGUGGUGGAAUGGAGCUGAAGAUGGUGGCACCAUACCUGGUCUCUCAAUUUACUGGGGGUUUGCUUGGAGCAACCAUGGCCAAAGGAAUUACCUCAAACGAGAACUAUGCCAAAGCUCAAGGUGCCGCAUUUACAGUUCUCCAGCCGGAUGACCAGAUUGUGAAGGCAUUAUUUGGAGAAAUUGCUAUGACGUGUCUAAUUACCAUGGUGGUGUUACUGGGUGCAGUUAAUGACAGGAGCAAAAGUCCUUUGGUUCCAUUUAUGAUUGGCUGCACUGUCAUUAUUAAUGUGCUGGCAGGGGGUGGCGUGUCUGGUACAUGUCUGAAUCCUGCAAGAGCUUUGGGACCUGCAGUGCUGACCAACUACUGGACUCACCACUGGGUCUACUGGGUUGGACCCAUUUCUGGUGGACUUAUUGCUGCUGCAUUAGUCAGACUUUUACUUGGAGACAAUAAUAUGCGCUUGCUGAUGAAGUAA